GAUUGCUGGUGGAGAUACUGCUGUUGAGGGAUUCAAAGCUGCAGAAUGAAUGGUGAGCUGAGAGCCUUAGGACAGAAGCUUGAUCUUUCACUCGUGAGUUGUGAUGUAGAUGUUGUAGCUGCAGGUAAGAGACCAAACAUUGAGUUGGAUAAAGAGCAUUAUAGAACAGAUGGUCAUUGCAAAUGGUGGAAAAAAGGCGGUUAUCAUCUUAAUUUUUUUCAUGUAGACCAAACAUCGAGUUGGAUAAAGAGCAUUAUAGAACAGAUCGAGACUCCUGACCUCAAAAAGGUAGUUGCUAAGUUAUCAAAUGUAUAUCCAAAGGACACAAAAGCUCCAGCUGGUGGUGUUGAUCACAUGACAAAACUAUCAUAUUUGCAUGAGCCAGGAGUCCUCCAGAAGUUAAGAAUUAGAUACGAACUCAAUGACAUUUUUUAUGCCAAAUUUUCUUCAUGGGCAUUUACUAAAAAUGUGUUUUAUCACGUUCAGGUAAGAGGCCAAACAUUGAGUUGGAUAAAGAGCAUUAUAGAACAGAUGGUCAUUGCAAAUGGUGGAAAAAAGGCGGUAGACCAAACAUCGAGUUGGAUAAAGAGCAUUAUAGAACAGAUCGAGACUCCUGACCUCAAAAAGGUAGUUGCUAAGUUAUCAAAUGUAUAUCCAAAGGACACAGAAGCUCCAGCUGGUGGUGUUGAUCACAUGACAAAACUAUCAUAUUUGCAUGAGCCAGGAGUCCUGCAGAAGUUAAGAAUUAGAUACGAACUCAAUGACAUUUUUUAUGCCAAAUUUUCUUCAUGGGCAUUUACUAAAAAUGUGUUUUAUCACGUUCAGGUAAGAGGCCAAACAUUGAGUUGGAUAAAGAGCAUUAUAGAACAGAUGGUCAUUGCAAAUGGUGGAAAAAAGGCGGUAGACCAAACAUCGAGUUGGAUAAAGAGCAUUAUAGAACAGAUCGAGACUCCUGACCUCAAAAAGGUAGUUGCUAAGUUAUCAAAUGUAUAUCCAAAGGACACAGAAGCUCCAGCUGGUGGUGUUGAUCACAUGACAAAACUAUCAUAUUUGCAUGAGCCAGGAGUCCUGCAGAAGUUAAGAAUUAGAUACGAACUCAAUGACAUUUUUUAUGCCAAAUUUUCUUCAUGGGCAUUUACUAAAAAUGUGUUUUAUCACGUUCAGUUAAGAGACCAAACAUUGAGUUGGAUAAAGAGCAUUAUAGAACAGAUGGUCAUUGCAAAUGGUGGAAAAAAGGCGGUAGACCAAACAUCGAGUUGGAUAAAGAGCAUUAUAGAACAGAUCGAGACUCCUAAACUCAAAAAGGUAGUUGCUAAGUUAUCAAAUGUAUAUCCAAAGGACACAGAAGCUCCAGCUGGUGGUGUUGAUCACAUGACAAAACUAUCAUAUUUGCAUGAGCCAGGAGUCCUGCAGAACUUAAGAAUUAGAUACGAACUCAAUGAAAUUUACACUUGCACCGGAAACGUUCUAAUUGCAAUAAACCCGUUCCAAAAGUUACCUCAUUUGUACGAUGGUCAUAUGAAGGAAGAAUAUAAGGGAGCAUUGUUUGGAGAACUAAGUCCGCAUGUAUUUGCAGUAGCUAAUGCGUUUUACAGGUCUCUGUCAUUUAUUGAGUGGCCUAACAAUUAUUUUGCAUUUUUUCAACAUAUAAUUAUGUCUUUAAUGAAACUAGGGCUAUGAUUUAGGAGGGUAAAAGUAAUUCCAUUCUGGUCAGUGGUGAAAGUGGAACAGGUAAAACGGAGACAACCAAAAUGCUUAUGCAGUAUUUAGCAUAUUUGGGUGGUCGGAAAGCUACUGAAGGACGCACAGUUGAACCACAAGCUCUAGAAAUAUGAUACAUGACGUAUAGUUCUAUAUUAAAACUACUUAAUUAUUCUGUAAUUUGGAGCUUGCCAUAAAUAUACCCACAUAAAUAUAUACCUGACAGAGAACUAACCCAACUGAAUGCAUGCACCAUUCACUAAGGUUAAUCAGUUUUUACAUGCUCACUUACUCCUUCGUAUUCAAUAACCUUCCAUUUUUUUUUCUAUUUUAUUUGUUUAUUUUAUAGGAUCCACCCGUUAUGACGGAAGAUAUGCAUGAAGAAAGACUCUAUGCAGUUGAAGUCUUGGGGUAUUAAGUAUAUUGAGUAUUGGUGGUUUUCUAAACUAUUCACUUUUAUUAGAAUUUUUUUUACCUGUUAAUGGUUACUAGGUUUUCUCAAAAUUAGGUCCAACUGUAAGAUUUUCAUUUUCUUUUACAACUCAGGAAAUUGAUGCUUUAGAUGUUAAGAAGAAACUCAUGAUUUGUUUUUGCUUCAUGUCUCAAUGUUACAACAAAACGGAGUCCGAUUUCUUGCUUCUUCACCAACUAAAGGAUGAACCCUCAACACAAUUUGAAUAUGUCAUGUUCUUCAUAAUAGGAGGACGACUGUAACCUCUUCUUCAUAUCGAUGAUUAGUUUUGUUCUGAACAAUCACGUCCAGAGCUUCCAUUAGUUUUGUUAUGAAAAUCGAGUUCAGUUUGCAUUUUGUUUGAUAAUUUGCUAAUCUUAUUUUGGAAUUUGUUGACAGAGAUCAGGUGGGUUAUUUUAUUUUGCUGCGGCAGAGAAGAAAGAUUUGAACGAUUUGGCGCCUGAUGUUUGGUCUUUGACUGGUAUUUAUGACAGGUGCUAUUCUUAUGAAGGAUCUUCUUCAUUUUCUAGAUACACAUGCUGCACAUCUACAACUUCAUGCAUUAUAUCAUCCAGGUUGGAUUAUUUUUCUCUAAUUUAUUACACCGAAAUUACUUUUUCGGUCAACCAUAUGUAUUGUUAUACUCUUUUGCUGAAAGAAGGAACCGAACCCAUUAAUGUUGAUUAGUAUUUAAAACAAACAACAUGGUUAUUUUUUAAAAAUUUAUUGUUACAUAGGUGUAGAGUGAUUGUCACUGAUUAUUUGAUAUGUUGAUUCGCACACUUUUCCCUUUAACUACCAAAGUGAAAGGGUCGCUAUUGGCAUGAAUUUUGAUCAAAUUUGUUGGUUUCACUUUUAGUCUUUUGGAAAACAUGUAUUAACAUGCAACAUUUCGUAACAUGGUACUAACGAGUUUUGAUUUUUUUGAGAUGGUUGGAUAUCCAAAAAAUCAACUCUGUAAGUUAUGUUUAUUAUUCAUAUAUUUAUAGGUAAGCCGUUUUUUGAUUGACUUAGAUAAUAGUAGGAACACGGUGCAAGAUAAAAGGAGCCACACACUUGAUUGCUAUAUUGAAAAGCAUAAAACUGGUACAGCCUUUUGUCAGUGACUACGAAUCACUUACCGAUAUAGGGAACUUAAGAGUUUAUUUUUUCGUAUCCAAAAUCACAUAGUAUGUUUACUUAUUGAAAUGAAAAACAAGAUUAACAAUUGUGAUGAUUUCAAGUAUGAUUAUGAUAAUAAUCUAUAUAAACAUUUGGUGAUACUUGGUCUAGAAUGGAAUUGCCAUAUUAGGAUAAGUUAUCUAACCUCAAACAUAGGGUUAAAUUGGUCUCUAGAUAGUAGAUAUGUUUGGCCUUUUUUGUUAGUUGAAACCAUAUGAUGAUUUAUUGGCCCUUAAUUAACUUAACUAUUAGUUUUAAAGGGGUAGAGUACAGGAAGUUACUGGUGCUACAAAUGAAUUGCAACGACGUUCAAGGAAUAUUUUACCACCUGCAGCAGAUGAUUACUCUAAUAACAGCACAACUUCAUGGGGAAAACCGUUAGUAAAACUACUACAAAUGUAAGAUACUUCAUGUUGACUUUUUUCACACUUUGCUUAUAUGUUACUUGAAUUUCUUUAAGGGCUUCUAUUGAUCUUUUGGUGUAUAUUUGUUUGUUUGUAGUAAUUCUAUUCAUUUUU